AUGGGUCAUCAUGCCAAUGCUUAUAGCCAGUAUCUGGCCUGGCUGCCACCGAUGGAAAACGACAAAAUUCAGCAAUAUCCGAACGCACGCGUCAAUGGAAGUAGCCAGAUGCCGGUGCGCGCACGCGAUUACCACUUUCCGAACGAUCCCGGUCACCAUGCCAAUCCGUAUUUGCCAGUGGUAUAUUUGCCAUUCUACUACAUACCACUUUUGCCAUGGAGCUCCUUCGCACCUUUUGGCAACACGCUGGGAUUUUACCAAAACGGCUGUUGGUACAAUACCGAAUUAAAUCAUCGAGCAGCCACGGCUCCACCACCGGCUACUGCUAACCAGCAGGAAUUUCUACUAGCCCAUGUGGUGUACCUGCAAGCACCACCACAGCAACCACAGAUGGUCAUCGAAGUCCAGCAAGCACAGACUAUUGAAUUCAUACAGCACGUGCCUCCACCUCCACGUCAACCGACAUCAGGCCCACCAAGCCAGCUUGUGACAAACGGUCACCAUAGGCCGGUGAUCUAUGUGAUGCCCGCCGAGCAGCCACACUACAUUCCUGUACAGAAUCCACAAUCGCAAACCUCCAAUGCGAUGCAAAGAGCGUCGGCUCCACCGAUUGUAUCAGUCCAGGAAUCUCCACAACACCAUCCGCCACAAAGUGAACUGAUUCAAACAUAUAUUCCUGCACCACACAUGCAUCAAAAUGUUAGGGGACCCCAGCAACGACCACCUUCAAAAUAUUCGACUACACCAAAUCCAGCUCCACUGAGAACUGUUCAUGCUUCACCCCAGAUGCAUUUACAAGUCGAUGGCGCCCACAAACUACCUUCACAAAAUCGUUCUCCACAUCAUCCAGAUCCCUUCAUCAAUUGUGAGGGGCAAUCCGAUCCAAACUUCAUGGAGAUCAUGGUGCAGCCCGAGGUUUCAGUAGUCAGAACCGCCAGAAGUGUAAUCAUUGACGCCAGACCAUUGACUUCCGUCCAUGAACCCCAAGUUGUCCCAGUUGUCGAGAAUCUGCAUUAUCCCUGCGAGUCUUAUGAAUCAAUAAAGAACCCAAAGUUCAACAAGAUCCAAAAUCAUGUAAAGACAGAUCAACCUGCCAAUAUUGUUGUGAGGGAAAAAUUUUGUAUACUAAAGCCGGUUGGUCCACCACCAACUGAAGCUUCCAAUGUGGUUCCUGUCCAGGAAAAUGGUUCAAACCGGAUUACGAACUCUGUCGUUGUACAGCAGUAUGUUCACCAGCAGGAAAAGCCACAGGAGGAGAUUGCUAAUAGCUUAGACGAAAGCCAGAAAGAAGAGGCUAGGGAAAUGGAACAGCCUGGAUCCCCGGAACCAGAGCUAAAGAACAUGCAGUCAAAGGUUCAAAUCGCUGAUACACUACCAGAAGCGAGAGUUAAGGCACCCCUAAUCACUGCCCAUCCGGAGCCAAUUCAUCAGGCACAUAUCUCUAAUUCUUUACGGGAGCAGGACCCACAGCCACCGACCACCAGUGCAUCCUCCGCUCCCGCGAAACCAACUACGCCGGAAAAUAGGAAAUGUAUACAUCUCACUGCGGCGCCUAAAGAAAAUCUCCCGAUGCCCCAGAAGUCAGAGGUCAUUGAGAACCAGUGGCCCGCAUUGGGUAGCCGCUUGCGAAAUAAACAGUCUAUCAAAAAGGAUUUUGUUCAACGGAAUACGAGGUUCCCGAAAUCAAGAACGCCCAUUGAAAAGCGAGAUUGUGCUUUGACACCAAGGAACCAACGUUCAGAUGAUCAAGUUAAAAGGGAAAACCCGCCAAGCAGCUUGGUGCCUCCAACUUCGCCUCGGGCACCAGCGGCGAUUUCCCAACCAAAUCCCGUAGUUGUCGAAAAGAGCUCUUCAAAGAACAAAACAGAUAUUUCUAGACCAUUGCAGGAAGAUAGGAAUGUGGUCAAUAAUAAUACUCUGAAAAGAUCAGUGGCUAAAAAACUUCCAGAACACGAUGUACAUUUGACAAAUCUUGGGUCGAACAUGUUUGAGCUUCUGGUAGAGCCGGAUCCACAUUAUAAGGAAGACUACAGCGACGGGAACGAGGACGGGAUCGGCGACGGGGACACAUCAGAGCAAGAUUACCCAAAAGCAGACGAUGUGCGUCCACCAAAGCCUACCAACUCCAAGAAGGAGAAGCGGCGCCUCAAGAAACAGAACACGGCUCUCAAAAAUCAACGCAUAUGCAGGAAGCAGGCCGAAAAGGAGGCGAAGCGGGCUCAGAAGGCAAAGGAAAGGGCCGAGUUAUCAAAUAGGGAAAACCCGAUGGCUAAUCAAUGCAACCAACCAACAUCAGCUAAAGAUACCCAACCCCAACCCCAACCCCAACCCCAACCCCAACCCCAACCCCAACCCCAACCGGGAUCCAUGCUGGUGCACAUUGCCGCUGAAGUCAACCUCUGUUACCAGCUGUCCGACGUGGUGCGAACUUCAACACCUGAACCAGAUGCUCCUUCGCCAGCAACUUGUGGCCUUCCAGAUGCGAAAAGCAAAGAAGAAACAACCGAAUCGCGAAGGAAAAAUAAGCCCAUCAAGAUAAGUUCAUUCCUAUCGGCGGUGAACUUUGUCUCAUUGAAAAGGAAGACCCAAGUUAUGAAAAAGCGAAGUCUGUUCAAGCGCAGGCCAAAUCAAAUUAGGAAACAUAAGCAAACCCAAACAAAUCCAAUACUUCGACUACAUAUCCAGGCUUCAGAUACUGCAAGAUCACAAGGGCCAACGUGGAAUUCUAAUCCACAGCUGCAGCUACAGCCACAGCCCAAUGUGGUGGACAAGGAUGCUUUCAAACUAAAUCGACAUCAGAUGAGCGCUUCAAAAGCGCUGGCCAUCGAGAAACGCAAGCGAAUUAGAUCGUCCGAUGAGGUGGCAGCUGCCUCCUGGGAGUAGUCAUCACCAUCACCAUCACCAUCUCCGACUCCAACUUCAACUCCAACUCCAUCCCGAUCCUGCCUCCUUGGCAGGGUAAACCGAAGGGCAAAAGGUGUGAGCUCAUGUAAGGCACCGAAUUUGACUCUACCUGGACUUUCCUUCCAUCUUUCAAUGGGUCCUUUCAUUCCCAUUUCCAUUUCCAUUUCCAUAACCAUUACCAUUAGCAUUCCGCUCUGUUGUUGUUUGCCAUCCGUUGUUUUGAUAUCAGUCACAGCUGCCGUUGAGUCGGGAAUUCUAUGCAAAAUAGUCCUGAGCCGGCGACCUUUAGUCGCGCCUGUCAAGUCAGUCCAUGUGGCCACAUGGCAGGGUGCAGUGCAUCGCGGAGCGCUGUAG